GCCUUAUUCAGUCUUCUCUCCCUCUCUGCGCUGCUGUAGCUGGACCCCUUUGCCUUCAGCACCUCUGAGCGCCUGCACAUCCCACCAUGGCUAAAACAGCAAUGGCUUACAAGGAAAAGAUGAAGGAGCUGUCCAUGCUCUCCCUGAUCUGCUCCUGUUUUUAUCCUGAACCUCGCAACAUGAACAUCUAUAAAUAUGAUGACAUGGAAGUUAAACAAAUCAACAAACGUGCCUCAGGCCAGGCCUUUGAACUGAUCCUAAAGCCACCAUCCCCAGUCUCGGAAGCACCACGAACUUUAGCCUCUCCAAAGAAGAAAGAGCUCUCCCUUGAGGAGAUCCAGAAAAAGCUGGAGGCUGCCGAGGAGAGGAGAAAGUCCCAGGAGGCCCAGGUGCUGAAACAUCUGGCGGAGAAGAGGGAACAUGAGCGAGAGGUGCUUCAGAAAGCUCUGGAGGAGAACAAUAACUUCAGCAAAAUGGCAGAGGAAAAGCUGAUACUGAAAAUGGAACAGAUCAAAGAAAACCGUGAAGCUAAUCUAGCUGCUCUUAUUGAACGUCUCCAAGAAAAGGAGAGGCAUGCUGCAGAGGUCCGUAGAAACAAGGAGCUCCAGGUGGAACUGUCUGGCUGAGAACAGCAAUGGUGGAUGUGACCCAUCCCCACCAUUAGUAAACUCCCCCUGCCUAUAUUAUUAUGGAUCAUGCGAUAUCAGUAUGGGAAAUGUAUGACAUGGUUUAAAAAAAAAAAAUCAAGAACUCAAUAAAAACUUUAAAAAAAGAAACAAAAAGUAAAACAAAACCAAUGCGGUCUCUUUGCAGAAUGAUUUGCUUGAUGUUUAAAAAACUUGGAUCUUAUUUUGUAAAUACUUACAUUUUUGUUAAAAAAUACAAGUAUUGCAUUAUGCAAGUUAUUUCAUAAUCUUACAUGUCCUGUAACAGGCUUCUGAUGUUGUCUAUUUCCACUCGAUUGAAUUUGCUGGGUCUGUCCAUUUGAAGCACCUCAUGUCUAACUCCAUUCCCUGCGACUUUCAUUCCAACUCACCACAAGGUCAGUAGUAGUUCUAUGGUGCUAGAGACCAGUCAUUGCCUAACGACCUAGACUGCUUUGCCAUCAAUGAGCUUUGUUGAAACAGUGACUAGAUCACAGGUGUUGUGACUCCACAUUCAGCUGUCCAAGACAAGAGACUCUUAAAAUGUAGUUUCUUCAAAUGCAACUUGCGCUGCAGGACUCUGUAGCACGCUGUAUAACUGAAGUUAAAUCACCAUGUGCACUACUUGGUGCUUCUGCUUUCUGAAGCAAGAGGCAACAAAUAACAGCUUUGCAACUGGAUGAAGGCAAGUGGUAUCAGUUUGAAAUGAAUUUUAAAGGCACAUUGUAACCAUCAAGCUACGACAAAUUCUAAAUGAUGCCAAACAGCCAUACAAGUGCUAAUUGUAAAGUGAGCUUAAUCUACCACUUGAAAAUUUAUUAAUGAAGCAACUAAUAGAUAGCAUCAAGUGGCUUUAUUUGUAGGUGCCAUGAUCUAUGAUACUUCUCUGAUGCUACUGUAGUACAUGUGUAACAGUAAAAGAGGCAAUCAAAUAUUUCACUGGGAACCCGUGAACCAGAUGGUACCUUUUUCUUUCUCACACUGCUGACUUCCAUUUGUCAUGACCUUUAUUCUUCAGUGUUAGCCAACCCUAGUGACGGACAGCUAGGACUGGAUGAUCUUGGAGGUCUUUUCCAACCUUGGUGAUUCUAUGAUUCUAUGACUAAGAGGGCUGAAGCAGGAAUGACUAGACAGGGUGCUUGUGCCAAGUACAGUAUCAUGAAACCUAACACAUUGUCCCCAAAAUAGCUGCGGUUUUGAAGUUGUCCCUGCCCCCCCAGAGGUUGCUGCCUGCAUAUUCUACUCUUCAUUAGUGCUAUUUUCCUGUAUGUCAUUGUGAGCAAGCUGUGAUUAAUAAAGAAUUGGGGUUCUGUGAACUGAAAAA